AUGUCUUCAACUAAAGUUCCUAAUAUAACAAGAAUUAAAAGCAAUCUAGAAAAGAAGUUUAUUGAUGUUUAUGGAAAUAAUCCCUAAAACUAAUAAAUGUUAGAUUACAUAAUAAAAGAGUUAAAAGGUGAAACUGCAUAAAGUGAAAAGAAAACUAAAUCAUCUAAAUAAUAAUAAAUAUAUUCUGAAGAUAAGGCAAUUUAAUCUGUACCAUAAACUGCCCCUUAAAUGACAGAAAAAACAAAAGAAAAAUCUAAAGAACUUACUAAUUAAAAUCCUAAGCUUACAGAAAAACAAUCUAGUCAUGUAAAAAUAUAUUGAAAAAUAUAGCAUGGUAAAUCUGCAUAUGAAGUUGAUUCUUUAAAAUGGGGUUAAUAUGCAAAAGAAUAAGAUUUAAAGUAAAAAUUAGAAGAUGAAGAAAAAUUAAAAAAGUUAGCUUAAUAAUAAGAAGAAUUAAGAAAAUAGUUAUGUGAAAUCAAAUUAAGGAAAUUGAAAGAAAAAGAAGAUGAAAAAAAUUCAGAUAUUAGAUUUGCAGAAUAAUAAAAAUAAUUAAUAAAAAAAUAAGAAGAGCUUUCAAGAUAAAAUAAAGAAAUAAAAGCUAAAUAAAAAAAGGAAGAACUUUAAUAAGUUAAUGCUUAUUUAGAUAAUUUAAAAAAAAUGGAAAAAAAAGAAAGAAAAAAAAGAAUUGCAGAAGAAUAAUAAGAAAUAGCUUAAGGUAUUAUUAAUAAGUAAUUAAUUUUUUAGUUUUAAGAAAAAUGUAAAUAGAUGAUGAAGAGGAUAAAAAAAAGAAAUUAGAAAAACAAUUAGAAAUGUAAAAGGUGUUAAAAUAAUAUGAUUAGGAUUAAAUUUUGUAAAAAUAAUUAAUAGAAAAAGAAAAAGAGGAAGAUAGAAAAAUUAUGAAAUAAAAUAGUGAAAUUAUAAAAAAAAGGGAUGAAUAAAGAGAAAAAGAAAAAAAUGAUAGAUUAAAUAAAAUUGAUGGAAUUGCUAAUAGAUUCUAAUAAACAGUUGACAAAGAAUUAUAAGAGAGAAUAAAAGAGGAAGAAAGAAAAUGUUAAAAACAUAUGAAGGAUUAAGAAGAAAGAUAAAAAAGAGAAGAGGAAAGAAAGAAAAAGUCAUAAGAAAGAAGAACUAAAGAAAUGACAGAUGAAUUAAAAAGAUAAUAAUAAUAAAGAGAAGAAGCUAAGAAAAAAGAAAUUGAAGAAGAUAAGUAAUUAGCUAAACAAAUAAAAGAGAAAAUGAUUUAAGAUGAAAAAUUCUCUUUAAUAAAAAGAGAAAAAUAUAAUGAAAAAAUUUAAGAAACAAAUCAGAAGAUAAAAGAUUAAAUGGAAAUUGAAUAAAAUAAGAAAAAGAAAAGAAAAAUAUGA